AUAGUUCCCUGCCUCCCUCAACAUGUUCAGACUUUCCCUACGUUCACCGAUACAAACCCUCCGACCGAAUGCGGCAGCAGCAGCACUCACAUCGAGCCGACUGGUCGCGUAUCGGCGUUUCCUCUCUCAAGAUUCGAAAGCGAAAAUACAAGAAGCCAUCAACGCAAAACCCGUAGUGCUAUUCAUGAAAGGGACGCCUGAAUUUCCCGAAUGUGGAUUCUCAAGAGCUGCCAUUCAGGUUUUGGAUCUUCAGGGUGUUGACCCGGUGAAGAUGCAGACUUAUAAUGUCCUCGCCGAUUCAGAGUUGCGACAGGAUAUUAAGGAAUUUUCGGAUUGGCCAACGAUACCUCAACUAUAUGUCAACGGAGAAUUCGUCGGAGGAUGUGAUAUUCUUUUAUCGAUGCACCAGUCUGGAGAGCUCGAAAAAUUCCUGAACCAGAACCAGGUUAUCCUUCCACCAGAGACGGAAACUUCGACAGCUUAG